GUCGCUAGACCCUGUUGUUAAUUUAAAAAAAAAAUAACAAGUAGAAGACUAUAUAGUAGUGGGGUUGUCAUCGUAAUUUAAACCGAAUUUAGAGGUACAAAAUUCAAAAUUAAAGGAAACCCAUAUCUAAUCGAUAAACGCUUCCUAGUUUGCGCGACUCGCAACAUCGUUACCCCACACAAUUCAGUUAAGGAAACAAAAGCUUCCAGAGGAAUCUCUCACAAGUUACCACCAUCUUAAGGGUUUGGUUUAUACCUAGCCGGAUCUCGAAUACUGUAAUCAUGCCGGUGACUUUGACUCCGAACGCCAUCGCGGCGAUUAACACAGGCGACGUCAAUCUGAAGCCGCUGUUACAGGUUUUAGAUAUCAGAUUGAUAGGGAAAACUCAGGAGAGGUACCGUUUGCUAAUCUCAGAUGGUGUCUCAGCUCAGCACGCUAUGCUCGCUGUUCAGCUCAACGAUCGGGUUAAGUCAGGACAGGUUGAGAAGGGAUCCAUUGUCCAGCUCAUCGAUUACAUUUGUAGCGACGUUAAAGGCCGCAGGCUUACGAUUGUGCUGAACAUGGAGACCAUAGUACCACAGUCUGAAACCAUUGGGAACCCAACAAUGUCUGCAGAAUCUGAUACAGAAUUCCAAAAGCCAGUUCCAGGUCCAGGCAACAUACAUCCUCCGAGUAGGGUUGGUUCAGUUGAGCAGCAUUCAACUAAUAAAGCGCCUCCCAGGGGUGUAAACAUUACUCCAUCUGUUCAGCCUGCAUAUCAACCACCUCCAAGCUACAGAAAUCAUGGACCCAUAAUGAAGAACGAGGCUCCAGCUCGAAUCAUCCCUAUCGCUGCUCUCAAUCCAUAUCAAGGUCGGUGGGCUAUUAAGGCUAGGGUAACUGCAAAAGGAGAUAUCAGGCGUUAUAACAACGCAAAAGGAGACGGGAAAGUAUUCUCUUUUGAUCUGCUUGACUCUGAUGGAGGGGAGAUUCGUAUCACUUGCUUCAAUGCUGUUGUUGACCGAUUCUAUGAUGUUAUUGAGGUUGGUAAGGUGUAUUUGAUUUCAAAGGGAAGUUUGAAGCCUGCACAGAAAAACUUCAACCACUUAAAGAACGAAUGGGAAAUUUUCUUGGAGUCAGCAUCGACUGUGGAGCUUUGUCCCGAUGAAGAUGGCUCCAUACCAAGGCAGCAGUUCUCCUUCCGUCCUAUAGGCGACGUUGAGAAGGCUGAAAACAAUGCCAUACUCGAUAUCAUUGGGGUUGUGACGUCUGUAAACCCUUCUGUCCCAAUCCUAAGGAAGAACGGGAUGGAAACCUAUCGGAGAACCCUCAAUCUGAAGGAUGAUUCAGGAAAGGCCGUUGAGGUUACGCUAUGGGGAGAGUUCUGUAACCGAGAUGGUCGGGAACUUGAAGAGAUGGUUGGUUCAGCCUUUUACCCCGUUUUAGCAAUAAAAGCUGGAAAAGUAAGCGACUUCAGUGGUAAAUCAGUUGGGACAAUAUCGUCAACACAGCUCUUCAUAAAUCCAGAUUUUCCUGAAGCUCAGAAACUGAGGAACUGGUUCGAUCACGGUGGAAAAGAUACUGCAUCCUCCUCCAUUUCCAGAGACAAUAUGCCUGGAGGAGGUUCGAGGAACGAGAUACGAAAAGUUGUUUCCCAGAUCAAAGAGGAAGGUCUUGGAAGAUCAGACAAGCCUGACUGGGUCACAGUGAAAGGAACCAUAGCAUUCAUCAAAACUGAUAGCUUCUGCUACACAGCUUGUCCUUUGAUGAUUGGAGAUAAGCAAUGCAACAAGAAGGUGACACGGACUGGAACAAACAUGUGGCUCUGUGACCGGUGCAACCAAGAGUUUGAGGAAUGCGACUACAGAUACCUUCUUCAAGUGCAGAUUCAAGACCACACUGGGAUGGCUUGGGUAACGGCGUUCCAAGAAUCCGCUGAAGAAAUCAUGGGAUGUCCGGCUAAGCAGCUUUACACGUUGAAGCACGUAUUGCAGAAUGAUGAGGAAUUCGCAGUGAUUGUUAGAAACAGACUGUUUCAUCAGUACAUGUUAAAGUUGAAGAUUAAAGAGGAAACGUAUGCGGAGGAACACAGACUGAAGAUGACUGUGGUGAAGGUUGAUACGGUGAAUUACACAUCCGAGAGUAGAUACUUGCUCAAUUUGCUCGUUGGGUCUCUACAGGUAUAAUCAGAGGGAUCUCAAAUUAUCUUACAUUAUGGUGGUUAUCGAUAUGCUGUAUUUGAGCGUUGUGCUUUUCCGAAUCCCAUUUUUAUUUUGGAUUCAUUGAGACUACUAAGACAAAUUCAUGAAACAAGGAGUUUUUUUUUUUAA